CAAAAUCAUGUAUAGCCUUUAAUGUGUUUGUCUUAUUGCUUCAAUGAGUAUGGUUUCUUCAAAUGCUCUAUUUUUAUUCUUAUGGAAAAAGUUAUCUUUAGUAUAUAUGGUUUGUUCAUGAUAUUUUUAGUAUUCAUAUGGAAAAUGAUGUGUGUAUAAAUUCCACAAAAUGAUACAUUUUUUUUGUUGAUAUAGUGACAUUGUCUUUGUCAUUAAAUUAUUGGAUACUGAGGGUAUGAAUGAAUGCACAGUUUCAAAGUUUGGUAUACAUCUUUUUGAUUGGAUUCCUUUGGGAAACGAACAAAGUAGGUAAACAGAAAAAAGCUAAUUAGCUUAUUUUCCAUGUCAAAGUGCUGCUUAUUUUGACUACAAAACACACUUUAGUUAUAGUUGAUUAUGUUUUAGCCUUUAAUGUCAAACUUAGGAAAAUUACUCCAAUAUAUCAUCUAGUUACAUAUAUAAGGCACAUGAGAAUAGAUUCUAUUAUGCUUCUCACCCAAUUCUCUUUCAUAUUUCAGCUUUGAAAACUUUCAUAUACUUGCUUUGCUUUACAUCCAAAUAUCUUUAUUCAAUCUACAAGAAUGAGAAACAAGAUGGCCCUUUUGUUCUUUUAUUCAGAAACUUUUAUAAUUGGAGCAAUGUUGUUUAUUGGUAUUGGAGCUGAACCAGUAGCUGAUAAACAAGCUUUACUGGAUUUCCUUCACAACAUGAAUCACUCUGCACAUAUCAAUUGGAGCAAGAGUUCUUCUAUAUGCAAAAAAUGGACUAGAGUUACCUGCAAUACCGAAAAAUCAAGAGUUAUAUCGCUUCAGCUACAAAGUGUUGGACUGAAUGGUUCAAUUCCAUCUAACACUCUUAGUAGACUCACAGCACUUCAAAAUUUGAAUCUUGCUUCGAAUAGUAUAACUGGUUUCUUCCCUUCUGAUUUCUAUAAGCUGAGAAAUUUGACCUCUCUUUUCCUCCAAUUCAACAAGUUUUCUGGGCCAUUGCCAUUAGAUUUUUCAGUUUGGAAUAAUCUAACUGUUGUUGAUUUUUCCAAUAAUGGUUUUAAUGGAAGCAUUCCUUUAUCAGUUUCGAAGUUGACUCAUCUCACUUCUUUGAUUCUAGCUAAUAACACUCUUUCAGGUGAAAUUCCUGAUAUCAAUAUUCCUAGCCUGAAAGAUCUCAAUUUGGAAAACAAUAAUCUUAGUGGUGUUGUGCCUAAAACACUUCAUAGAUUUCCAAAAUUGUCCUUCUCAGGUAACAAUCUUACAUUUGUAGAUGUUUAUCCUCCAAAUUCUCAUAAGAAAAGGAAAAAAACCAAAGGGCUUAAAGAACAAGCGUUAUUAGGCAUCAUCAUUGGUGGUUGUGUGCUAGGAAUUUUAACCAUAGCAGUUUUCUGGAUUGUGUGCUGUUACAAGAAACACGGCGAAGCGGGACAACUUGUUAAGUCUCAGAAGAACAAAGAAGUUUUUUCUGAUAAAAAAGAAUCUUCUGAGAGUCUAGAACGAAACAAAAUUGUUUUCUUUGAAGAUUGCAAUUAUGUAUUUGACUUGGAAGAUUUGUUGAGAGCUUCUGCUGAGGUGCUUGGAAAGGGAACUUUUGGUACUGUCUAUAAGGCUGCUUUAGAGGAGGCGACGACAGUUGCGGUUAAGCGGCUGAAGGAGGUUACGGUUGGGAAGCGGGAGUUUGAACAGCAGAUGGAGAUGGUUGGAGCAAUUAGGCAUGAGAAUGUGGCUGCUCUAAGGGCUUAUUACUAUUCAAAGGAGGAGAAACUUAUGGUUUAUGAUUUUUAUGAACAAGGCAGUGUCUCCGCAAUGUUGCAUGGCAAAAGAGGGGCAGAUAGAAUUCCUUUAGACUGGGAAACCAGGUUGAGAAUAGCAAUUGGUGUAGCAAGAGGCAUUGCACACAUCCAUGCACAAGAAGAAGGAAAACUAGUCCAUGGAAACAUAAAAGCCUCAAACAUUUUCCUCAACUCUAAAGGGUAUGGUUCCAUCUCUGACAUUGGUCUAGCAACCAUGAUAAUAAGUCCAACAUCUCCAAGAGCAACAGGAUACCUUGCACCUGAAGUAACUGAAACUCGAAAAGCAACUCCGGCGGCUGACGUCUAUAGUUUCGGUGUCUUGUUACUUGAACUUUUAACUGGAAAAUCUCCUUUACAUGUAGGUGAGGAAGUUGUUCAUUUGGUUAGGUGGGUGAAUUCUGUGGUUAGAGAAGAGUGGACUUCUGAAGUGUUUGAUUUGGAGUUAUUGAGGUAUCCUAAUAUAGAGGAAGAAAUGGUUGAGAUGUUGCAAAUUGGUAUGGCUUGUGUUGUGAGGAUGCAAGAUCAAAGACCAAAAAUGGAUGAAGUUUUGAGAAUGGUUGAAGACAUUCAUAGGGGUACUAGUGGAAAUAGACUUUCCACUGAAUCUAGAUCAGAUGGUUCUACUCCAAUAACUCCUCAUGUAAUAGAAACACCUAUUUCUCUUCCACAUUGAUAUUCUUUGAGUAUAUUGUCAAUGUAAAACUAAUUUAUAUCAAUAUGCAUUGAAUAUAUUUUUAUUGCUUAUUUUAGUGAAUGGUUGUUAAAUAUGUAUUUUAGUCAUUACAGUGAUAUCUUGACUUGACGAAGGCUUGAGAUUUUAGUCACUACAGUGAUAUCUUGACUUGACGAAGGCUUGAGACCUGAGAAUGUGUUCAUCUUAAGGUCUCAGAUUUGAAUUUUACUAGGUGUUAAGUCAAUUCAUAUAAAGUUUUGUUCUGCCUUUAAAUGAGAUCCUCAUAAAUAGACAGUGAAAUUGAUUUUCCUCAGAUUUCUAGGGCCGGCCGGACAUGAGUUUUAAGAAAAACAUAGAAAUGACAGUUGGUGUGAAAUUGGGAAUAUAUUUGGUGGUAUAAGUUGUUAAGUAACCAAAUGUAGGAACUAGGAAGUAUCAAGUUGGGUCCAUUGAUUUGGUAUUAUUUGGUGAGGGAAUCUUAUUUUGAGCCAUGAUUGAGGGAAUGGGGUCUACAAUUGUUCUCUGCCAAGAAGUUAAAGGAUCACAAACUUUAGUCAAAUUAAGUGAAAGAAAAGGAAAA